AGGUAACAAAAGAAAUUUAUAUUUUAGUUUCUUUAAUAGUCUGUUUUGCGGCAUAAUUGUCAAUUUAUCAAUAUUAUUAAAUGCCAGCGGCUUAUUUUCGUCUGUAAUAAAAAAUUGUGCAAUUAAUGUAUAGGAAAUAAACAAAAUGUGGCGGCCUACAAUGUUACGCAGAGUUACUUUGCCCUUAAUUAAAGAAAAUACGACUAUAUCAAGGCUUUUAUAUUCUACUAAAAGCCGCGCACCACGGUCGACCGUAAAGCUAACCCUCAUUAGCGCCAGUGUCGGUAUUUUAGUUGGGGCGGGGUAUGGUGGUUAUACACAUUACAAAAUAAACACAAAAAAAUUGUCCGGUCAAACGGAAAAUGAAGAAUUCGCUUAUUUGAAAGAAGCUCCAGCGUAUAAGUCUAACUAUAAAGUAAUUAAUGAAGCUGACACCAGUAACUUACAGCUGGUAUUAUUUCAAUACCAAACCUGUCCAUUUUGCUGUAAAGUCCGAGCAUAUUUGGAUGCACGGGGUAUUAGUUAUGAAAUAGUUGAAGUAGAUGCUGUUCUCCGACAAGCUAUAAAGUGGUCAGGCUAUAAAAAAGUACCAAUAUUGCUGGCUAAAGUUGACGGAGGCUAUCAGACACUCUUGGAUAGUUCAGCAAUUUUAUCAAUUUUGGAAACAUACCUAAGAGAUAAAACAUACUCAUUGCAAGAUAUUGUAAAAUUUUAUCCACUAUCUAAAUUUGAAAAUGAUUCAGGAAAAACUACAACUGAUGUGACAAAUAAAUAUUUUAUUAUGCACAAUAGUCCUGUACCCGAUGAGAAACAACGUAAUUUGGAGACGGAAGAACGUGAAUGGCGACAAUGGGCUGAUAAGGUGCUUGUUCACACUUUAUCUCCAAAUGUGUACAGGACGGCUCGUGAGUCAUUAGAAACAUUUAAAUGGUUUGAAGAAGCUGGUGGUUGGAGACAAACAUUCCCAGGUUGGGAAUGUGCUUUGAUGGUUUAUGUUGGAGCUGCAGCUAUGUGGCUUAUAGCUAAGAGACUAAAAGCUAGGCACAACAUACAAGAUGAUGUUCGUCAAUCAUUGUAUGAUGCAGUUAAUGAUUGGAUGGACGUCAUUCAUAAAAAAGGGACUCCCUUCUUUGGAGGUAACAGUCCUAACCUCGCUGAUAUAUCAGUGUAUGGUAUUUUAAGCAGUAUUGAGGGAUGUACAGCCUUUCACGAUUUAAGGGAUAACACUGAGAUUGGCAAGUGGUUUGAUAACAUGAAAAAUAGUAUGAAAGAGACUCGCGGGAGGAUGCUGGCAGUAUAAGAAAGGUUCAUUGGCAGACACGAUUUGUUAUUUAUUAAAUACAUGUUACAUGUUUAGAAAUCCAAUUUAGUAUGUUUUUUUUCCUUCCAAAAAGAUUAAAUUAUAAUUUUGGUUUCAUAUUUAUGCCAGUUUGUAGAUUGUGUCGCAAGCUUGUUUAUAGUAUAAUAAUUUUACCAGACAAAAAAAAACUUAAGGUGUUUUAAUAUUACCAAAUAUUUAUCAAAGAUAUAAUUUUUAUCUGUGUAUAUAUUUUACUUAAACGGGUUUGUAUAGCUAACAAAAUAAGUAUUCAUAUUUGUAUUAUAAGUUCAAUAUAAUAUAUUAUUUUAUUAUAUAAGUAUUAUAUUAUUAGUAUUAUAUUAUUUAUGUUAAAAUAUUUAAUCAAAAUUGUUAAAUAAAGAUACCCUUUCUUAAUAUGUAGAUUUAUGUGUUACAGAUUUUGUUUCAUUUGUUUGUACAAGUAAUCCUUAUGAAAAAAAGUUUGGCACGGAAAAUAUUUGGUUAUAAAAAUAGUUCUUUUAGUUGUGUUUAACAUUUUGAAAGAAACUAUAAAGAAACAUUGCAGUGCAGUGACUAAAGUUUGGUGAAAAGAUGGCUGUAUUAAAUUUUGAAAGAAAUGUUUUUAAAAACUUCCGAUUUGUAAUAGUUACUACUAAAUAUAUUUAUAAAUAAAAUUUAAGCAAUACAAAAUUGCUGCGUAAUUUUAACCUUUCAUUAUGCUUGCGAUUUGUACUUCAAGCUCGUGAUAAAUGUUCGGAUUACCAUUUUACUAAAAAAUAUUUUAAUGGCGAAUGUUUUUCGUUUAUACAAAAUUUUUAUUAGAAGCCAUGAUAGUAUACAUUACCUAAUCAAAUUAGGUAAUGUUUCUAACUUUAUGUUAAACAGUAGAAUAGUUUCUUUUAGUAUAAAUUAUAAACAUAGCAUUAUAAUUUAAAAAAAGAAUUCGCAGUUGCAAUUUCGCUCUUGCAUCAUAUAUUUCUCGCUAGUGCGUUUGUUUUAUUGUAUUAAACGUGUAGAGUAGAAAUGAGUAAUACGUGUAAUUAACAAUUUAGAUUACCACCUUGUGUAUUACUUUACGUACCUAAUAAAACAACCUUUAAAUAAA